GACGUGGAGCAGCGUCAUUGCGGAAGUAGCUAAGUCUACGUGGGGAAGGAAGGUUGGCUUGUUCGUGUUUGAACUAAACUCUGCCUCAUACAGGAUAAAUGUGCAACCUACGGAACCUACAAUAACCCUGCCGCGCCGCGCGGAACCUACAACCUCCCCGCCCGCUAGCUGAAUGGCCUUGUACCGCCAGGGCGUGUAGAUCCGAUGGGAGGGAUAGCCGGGUAGUUCCCUGUAAUGCUUCGGUGGCUGCGGCAGUCUCUUAGGCAGGUGUCUAGUCUGAUGGCCCGGAGACCAGUGCUUGUCUGCGGGGCGAUACUGCUGAGCGUCCUGCUACUACUGGCCGUUACAUUUACCUGCAGCCGGGCUAAGAAUGUGGUUGCGUCUGCGCGUCCCCCGGUGAGGUUCUUCUCUGCCGAGGCCCCUGUAGUGGACCUGUACCUGGGUCAGCUGGAGCAGGUGGAGAGGCUGAGGGGCGCGGCAGAGGUGUCCGUCAUCUUCUUCUACGCUCCCUGGUGCGCUCACUCCAUCGCCGCUCGCCACGAGGUCCAGGAGGUCGCACGGAGGCUGGUCAAACAGGUGCAGUUUGUGGCAGUGAACUGUUGGUGGAGCCAGGGGAAAUGCAGGAAACAGAAGAGCUUCUACCAAUAUCCUGUCAUCCACCUGUUCUACAAGAGGUUUGGCCCUAUAGAGUACAAGGGUCCGUUCCUGGCUUCCUAUGUAGAGAGGUUCAUCCUGAGAGUCAUCACCCCACUGACCUACCUACCAUCACGAGCCACACUACAAGACUUCCUGUCUUAUCAUGAGCCGGGGGUAGUGGGUUAUUUCCAGUUCAACUCUUCUCCUCAGCCUCCCGGCUACAUCACAUACCUCUCCUCAGCUCUGCAGGCCUUGAAGAGAGACUUCCGUGGUGCGGUGCGUUUCGGGGUGGUGACCAGUAGACAGGUGGCAGAGUCCAUCUCAGUCAGAGAUGACCAGACCGUCUACCUGCACCGACACUUCAACUCCUCAUUGAUUUUCCCUAGUUGGGAGCGUAACUUCACCUCUGAAGGCAUCUGUUCCUGGGUCUUUGAGCACCGCGAGACCGUCCUCCAAUGGCUGGCGCCGACUGGUGCUAAGUCCCGCCUUCUGGAGCAGGAACUGACCAAAGGCCCUGCCCUCCUGCUCUUCCUGCCCCACAAUCCCCUGGGGCCCGGCCCCGACCCGCUGCUGACGCAGAUUGCAGACGUUGCGGUUCGCUACCAUUCCUGUAGUGACUCCCCUCACCACCACCACCACCCCUCUGACCACUACUAUUACAGUGGACCCUCCCAGCCCCUGUCCCCCUCUCUCUGCUGCCUCUCAGUGGUUCUGCCCAGGCCACACCCCCUCCCAGGCUCCACCUCCAGGGUGUGUGAGCUUUGUCUCAACCAGUCCAAUCCGGGUCGCUCUCCCCUCUGCACCUUCCCCUCCCAGACAUCAGGUGGUGCUGCUGUGCUCCAGUCCUACCUCAGACGAUGCUGCCUACCUGUUGCCGUGACGACGGUUGCCUGUAGUAACAUCCUGAGUAGCUACAGCCCGUCGUCAGGUCGCUAUAGUGCCUGUUGUAGAACUCUGGGACAGCUAGGGGUUUCCCUGCCCCCACAGCAGGGGCUAGGGCUAGACAAUGAGGGGUUAGGGAUACCCCGUCCCUCACCAUCCUCCUCCCAGGACGACUCCUCCCCGUCCUCCCAGGACUCCUCCCCGUCCUCCCAGGACCAGGAUGCAGGCGGGAUUAAAGGGUUGAGGUGUCGGACAAAUAAGACGCUCAGGUUCUACAUCCUGGACUCCGCCCUCCACUGGCCGCUGGCGGUGCGUCUCGGGGCGCUAGGCAACAACGAGAUGGGUGGCCUGGGGGAGUUAGGAAGGUUGCUAGGCAAUGGGACCGGUGAUGGCGCACAGUCGUUUGCGACCAUCGUGAACCUGAAGGAUGAGGUGCACUACGUUCUGGACCACAGAGGAACCGCUACUGUUACAGAGUCUCUGGAGUUGUUCAUCAGGAACUUUAGCACCUCCCACAGCCCACUGCAGAGACGCCUGGUGGGGAGGAGAGGAGGAGGAGGAGGAGGAGAGGCCCCAGAAGAGACCCUCAUCUCAGAGCUGACCACCACCUCUUUCCUUACUACUGUCAUGGAUCCUCACAGGGAUGUGGUGCUGUUCUACUACAGUCAGUGGUGUGGAUACUGCUCUGUUCUGAACCACGUCAUCAUCCAGCUGGCUAGAAUGUUCCGUGGAAACAGCACCGUCACCAUCGCCAGGGUGAACGUGGCGCGCAACGACCUGCCGUGGGAGUUCAUGGUGGAUCACUUCCCCUCUGUCCUCCUCUUCCCCAGACACAGGAAACACCUGUCCGUCAAGUUCCCGGAGGACACGCCCAUCACUCUCCCCACCCUAUUACGCUUCAUCCUGAAGCACUCCGACUCCGCCCACCAGCCAAUGAAAGCAGACGGAUCCGACCCUCACCCUCACGUUCUCCUCAAGGCGGAGUUCCGCGCUCUACAAGGAGAAGUCCAGACAUUACAUCGCGCACGCCAGCGCCUCUCCAACCAACUGGCCCAGCUGUGGCGAGACAACCGGCGGUUAUCCUUCGACGCCGUGGCCCUGGAGACCCACAAUGCACUGCUGCAUUCCCAGAAUGGCGAGCUGCAGCGCGAGAGGCUGAGCCUAGUGGAGCAGCACAAGGAGAAGAGUCGUCAGUUAGGGGAGGCGGUCAGGAGACUACAGGAACUAGCGGACGCAUCAGAGAACCUUCUCACUGAGAAUACCCUGCUGAGGGUUUUACUGGGAGCUCUGAGAGCCAGGGAGACAGAGAGAGGGGAGGAGGAGAACGAAGAAGAGGAGACGGGGGAGGAGGAGGAUGAGACAGGGGAGGAGGAGACAGGGGAGGAGAGGAGUUAUAUGGCCUCUUGACAGGGGAGGAGAAUACCCUGCUGAGGGUUUUACUGGGAGCCCUGAGAGCCAGGGAGACAGAGAGAG